CCCAAUUAAUACAUAUCCUUCAUUCUCAAGUCUCAACGAGUAGACUAAAUUUGACAAUCAUAACAAGAUUAAUACACAAGAACCGAUCAAGGGCGCCGGUUUUGCGUCAAUUGUUAUGAUCGACUUCAACAAACCGGUCUAUCUCUCGAGCAAAUAUGAGUUGCCGAAUACUUGAGGCCACAGUCAUGAAGUUGGAGGUCGCCUGCCAAUACAUGUGGGCACUCAUCAUCCACCAGGCGAAACUGUGCGUUGUAGAGACAGUUUGUGCAGUCGUCUUGAGUGCUGGACUCGGCGCAGUGAGCAGAGGUGAAGACGAAGAAACUGCCAUAGCGCUAACCUUCACACUUGGGAGGCCCUCCGGGAAUCACGGCAGCAAUGGCAGCAUUAGAUGUUCUCAGUACCGGAUCUCUUAUCCGGUCGUCACUUAUCCGGCUACAGCAUUGGGCGACCAUGGUUGUGUUGGGAGCGCCUUUAACGACGACGUUGCUGCCGCCGUCGCUAAAGAUGAGCAAGAAUGCGGUAAAGAUGAAUAUCGUUGGAAUCUUCAUAGUGCAGAAAAAGGGGUGAAUUUGUUGAGUUGAUGGUGCGAAAGAGGACGUAUUCCAUUUAUAAUAUAAAUCACGAAGAUCGAA